GCACAGGCGGGCCUGGAUGGAGGGGGUGGAGGCGGCGGUGGCCGGGGACCUGCAGAGUCUGGGCUAUGGGACUUUGCCGGGGGCGGCGUCGCUGGGCACCUGGUGCCCGGACUUCAGGGCACUGUGCGCGCGGCUGGCGGCGGAGCUGGACACUCUGGGCGGCCUGGAGCGGGAGCGAGAGGCGGGCGCGGAGGCGCUGAGCGCCGGCGAGGGCCCGGACGCCGAGGACCAGUUCCUGCGACAGUUGGCCCGUCUGCUGCGGGAGUGGCACUGCCCGGACCGCGUGCUCUGCGGCGGGGACGGCGCGGCCGCGCUACGGGAGCCCGGCGCGGGCCUGCGCUUGCUGCGCUUUCUCUGCUCGGAGCUCCAGGCUGCCCGGCUCCUCCGCCUGCGCCCGCGGCUGGAGCCCAGCUCUGCGCCGCCUAGUGGAGAACGAGCCGAGGACGACGAUGGCAUGGUCCAGGAACUGGUCCUUACGCUGCAAGCGCUGGGGCUGUCCAGGCCUCCGCCGAGGACCCCAGCUAGUCAGCUGCUGCAGGAGUUGCAUGCUAAGAUCUCGGAGCUUCUGCCUUCCCUGCCUCCAGAGUCCUUGAUGCCUCUCCUCAGCCACCCAUUGGAUGCUUCCCAGUGGGAGGCCCUGGAGUCUCUGUCCCAAAGCCUGCGGAAUCAGUACUACUGUCGCCGCUGUCUCCUCCUAAAGCGCCUGGACCUCACAACAGCCGCCUUCCACUGGAGUGAUCGUGCCCAGGCCCAGGGGGAAGCCAUGAGGGCGGUGCUGAGCCCAAUCCGAGAGACUCUGACCCCGGAAACAGAUGUCUCCGUAGCCCACAUUCUAGCAGCUCGAGCUGACCUGUCUCGUCUGAUCCCUGCCACCAGCAAGGCUGCCCGCCAAUGGACCUGCUGUGCCAUCAACAAGGUGCUGAUGGGCAGCGUGCCAGAUCGGGGGGGCCGCCCUGGUGAACUGGAGGCUCCCAUGCCCACCUGGAAGAAUCGAAGAGAAGACGGUGGUGGUGGUGGGUGGAAGGCCGGCUGCAGGAAGAAAAAGAAAUAAAGGGACCGGGGGACAUGACUGGGGGGUCCUCUGAGAGGCUACACCAUGGUCUCAGGGGAGUCAGCUGGGCCGUUUCCCUGGUCCUCUGCUCCAGAGACCCCAGA